CCUGCAGAAAACGAUUAAAACAGGCGGAGUUUGUGGCUUUGUGUUUUGGCCCCGCCCAUUCAUUCAUUUCUCCGCUCCUCCUCCUCCUCAGCCUCAAGGUUAGGUCAGUUUUCUUUUUUUUUUUUGGGUCUUUUUUAAGCUGCCUUUGGUGGCGACUUUAAACUGGCAGCAAUUUCUACCUCCGCAGAUUUGAAGAGAGUUAAAGUUAACAGGCUGCAGGUCGAUUAUAACCAGCGGGAACAUUUGGAUUUAACAACUGUUGCCCAACGAUUAGCAAACUUUGGGGCUUUUUUCCCGAAACACCACGAGUUUUCCCCUCGAGAGCACUUAGGGAGUUUUUGCUCCUCUGUUGUUUCGACUGUAGUCUGUAAACUCCUCCAGGUCUCUUUGUUGCUCCACUGUCGUGUUUACUUGGAUUAAUCUGCUGGAGGAUGCUGCUGCAGCGGGCGCGCUAAACUCCUCCCGCACGCCGGACUCCGAGCUCCUUCCCGCGGUCCUGCCACGAUGGGCUGCGGGCUGCGGAAACUGGAGGACCCUGAGGACAGCAGCCCAGGGAAAAUUUACUCCACUCUGAGGAGACCGCAGGUCGAAACCAAAACAGACACCGUCUACGAGUACGUGCUGCUGGACUUCAGCUUAGAAGGCAGUCGGCCCACGGUGCAGUACCUGUCCUCUCUGUGUGAGCUGCCUCAGGCCCUGCAGCCCUACUACACUCAGGGCUAUGUGCUGGCCGCCCUGCAUCCCAUCAUCCUCUCUGUGGGCCGCACACGCUCACUGCCAUGCAGCCUGCUGUACCGUGCCAUCCUGGCCAGGCCACGACCAAGUAAGCAUGCUGUAGCCAUGGUCCACAGUGUACCAGUGCUGAGGGUGGAGGAGUGGCCACUGCCUGGAGAUUCCCUGACCAGUGACACUGUGAGAGCUCUCGUGGACCGGGUGAACAGCAUUGCUCGGGGAGGUGUGCGGUUUGUGGGUUCAGUGCUUCAGCAGGCUGGAGGAGGAGGAGGAGGAGGAGGAGUAUGUAAUGGCAGGAUGGCGAGUCCAAGACGAGGCUGCCGCUCCCCACCACACACCCCACCAGGAGACCGAGAGGUGGAGGAUGGAGGCUACAGCCCAGAUCUGAGGCUUCUGGUGCUGUUCCACUCUUGGGCUCCGGGCUGCGCUCCACUGGACACUCUGGCCUGCUGCUACCACCAGGGGGCGCUGUCUAUGCGCGUGUCCAGGAAGGGCCAAGUUGUUAGCGGUCUGGAGGCUGAUUGGCUGGAGCUGACUGCAGCCUACUACCGCAAGGGCUGGUCAUUAGUGGACUCGUUUGUGUACUGGGACACACCCAAAGGUGAGCCAGUGCCCAGAUCUUUAGAGGGUCUGUUUGUUUAUGAGGAGAGGAGCUCUGCACCUCCGGCCAACGACACCAUCGUAGUGGAGCAGUGGACAGUUAUUGAGGGCUCUGAUGUAAAGACGGAUUAUGGGCCACUCCUUCACACUCUGGCUGAGUUCGGCUGGUUACUGACAUGUGUGCUGCCCACACCAAUCAUUCGUCAUGACAGUGAGGGAAAUCUCGCCACCAAACAAGUGGUGUUCUUGCAGAGGCCUGUUAAAUCCCAGUCACUGCGGCAACACAGUGAGGUGGGCGCUGUACGGAGAGAUGUGGUCAGUCACUCGGUGAGUCGAGGAGUUGGAGUCCCUCACACGGAGGAGCUGUCCCCAUGUUCAGGGGGCAUCGGAGGUUUCCCAGUAUUUGGAGGGGGCUACCCCAGUGCCCUGUCCCAUCUGGAGGAAGGGGGCUUUGAGCAGGAUGAUGGGGCAGCCGAGGUUACGUGUAUGUGACCAGCCCAAACACAGCGAGCAGUCUCGACAGUGUUGGAUCAAGUCUGCGUCAACAAUCAAUCAAGUUUGUGAUGUGAUAUAAAUGGUUUUCAUAAGCUUGACCGUUAGGAGUUAAGCCUUUUUUGCAUUUACUCUGUCCCUGGAAAUGAGUUUUUGCACCCCUAUAUAAGAACUUUUAGCACUUUUACAUUUUUUUUUUUCCUCUCAAGCCAUAACUUCCACAGGAGGUGAAAAUCAUCUCAUUUUUCUUUCUUUUUAUGACAAACCGCUAUAAGGAAAUAUGCAUCUGACCAUCACCACCACCUUAGACUUUCUGUAGAAAAUGUACUGUUUGAGUAACACAAUGACCACAACAGGUUUCCAGUGCUGCACAUUCAUUUCCCUUCACACUUACUGUGUCACAUUUUUUCCCUCACGUUUAAUGGUUUUCCUCUUUUCUUUUUUUUUCUUUUUUUUUUCUUUUUUUUUUUACCCCCUGCUAAAUCUACACCAGUUAGCACCUGCGUUGACUCGAGGUUAGACACUGGCUCAGGCACAGAUCUUCUGCAGGAUGUAAGAUCCUCUGCAGGAUGUAAACAUUUAUGUGGCGUGUUUUUCUGACAUGCUUCUGUCGGUACUUGGGACAUCCAGGCUUUUGCAGUCAAAACACUAUGAGCACUCCAUCCUCUCUGGGAAGCCAUGGAUUUAAGAUGGGGCUUUCUUGGGCCAGGCCUCUUUGGGAAACUUAGUUUUUCACUGUAAAUUGUUCAUACACAGGGCCCGGUUCCUUAGCUCUUCGGGUGGAAAGUGAAAACGACUGACACCGAGGGCUGUGUCUUUUUGUUUGCAGUAUUCUGCUGAAGGGGUGCUGGCGUAGUGCUGUACAUUGAUCACCAGAGGAAUGCUUAUGGAAUUAUUUUGCUUGUACAGCGUUUUGGUCACAGUUCUAAAAGGAAGGUCAUGCACCCUGUUAUUACUCCCACACAGGUUCACUUAUGAACACGCACAGUGUUUUAGUUGAGUAAUACUCAUCUGGGUAACUCACUGGGUACUCCACUCGUUCAUUUUGGUAUUGAGCAUCACAGUGGUCCUUAUUCAUCAAAGUGGCACAUGGUCAGAUCUGAUUAUAAAAUGCAUGCAAACUUCACCAACGAUAUUGUUAAUGAUGAGUUUGUUGGUACAAUCAAUCUCAUGUCUAGUGUCAUGUAAAUUAGAAUGUAAUAGUUUAACAAAACUGAAAAAAAUUCUUGAUUUGCAGUGAACUGAGCGACACAAAACUAUCAGUAUCACCCAUAAUAAGAUACAAAAUAGAAAAUAACAGUAACACUAAUAAUUUGGCCACAUUGCUAACCAGUACAAAAGUGGAUGUAUUUAUUUACAUGCAAUCUGAUAUUAAAAAUGCUGCAAUUAUUCCCUAUUCCAUUGAAAAACAUAUUACACUGUGCUUUUGUUUUAUAUUACUGACACCGCCUAAAAAACAAAACACGACUAGUGCAGAAACAUCUUAUACUUUGCAGUAAUAUAACGUUUAAAUGUUAUUGUAGGAAAAUAAUCACAGUCUCAUCACUGUACCAUUGUAAACUAAGACAUUUCUAUUUCACAUUUUAAUCUUUCCAGUUAUUGUAAUUUUAACAAUAAAAGUUUGGUCAGUAAGGGGAGCAGUGCACUGCUGUACCUCAAACUCUGCCUACGAGCACAUCCAUUGGCUCAUCAGCCGCUGAAUGCUGUCAUUUUAUUUGCUCCCUGCUGAAACGUGCAUGAAUUAUUGUAUGCUUCAUGUAAAUGAUAUACAAAUGCGGUACUGUUAUUCUGGCGCUUGAUUUCACACACUGAAGCCAGUUCAAACUUGCACUCAAAUUCUGCUUAUUUUUGUACAAAGGUUUCACAGAUCAGGUGUAGAGCAGUUCAUAUGCAAAUAAAAGUCAUGAAAUCUGCACUGUUUUUUAUGCAGCUUUGAUGAAUAAGGGCUAGUGAACAACUGUUUUUGCUUGCUUUAGUCUGAAAUAAAUGAGCUCAAAGUUAGCAGUGGUGCUACUCACAAUAUUAAAACUAGGAAUGCAUCAUUAUUUUGGGCCAGUUCUGAUAUCUUGCAGAUACAUACUGCAAAUGAAAUACAGAUAUUUCAGCACAGAGGCCCAGCGGUUUAAAACAUCGAUCAAAUCUAAAAGUGUGUUCAAAGCAAGUACGUUUUUUAAGCAAAUAUCUACUGGUAUUGAUAUGAUUAAUAUGAUGCAUCCCUAUUUAAGAUGUCAUGUUCAAAAUCUUGGAAAUGUUAACUUUUUCAUACUUUGGCCAGAUUUAAUAUUGUUUAUUACCGACAAUGUUUGUCUUUCUUUGAAUCUUAAAACAAAUAGCAAAACCAAUAGGCUGUAGAACAUAUGCUGCUGUAUAUAAAAUUAAUAAGCCAUAGAUUAUUGAGGUCCUUUUUGUGUAAUUUUGAUUUUAUUAAGCCAGUGUUAUCUACCAGCUGCAGUAUUUGAAUAUUUGAACAUUAACUUACCAGUUAUUCUUGGUGUUAAUAUUUUAUUAAACCAUGUAUACCAUCUUCUCA